AUGGACAUACAGAGGGCUUCCCUCGUCCCUCCAGACCCAGAGAGUCUGAAAAGGGAACUUCAGCUACAGGUCACCCCAACUGAAUUAAAGUUUCUUGACACUGCGGCCGGGAAGGUGUACCGGCUUCCCAUUACUCUACACAACCUUGGCCGGACCAACCAGAAGAUACGCUUUCAAGAGCCACUGAAGCCGCAGUUCAAACUGAUUUUGAACAGUCUGGACAAAGAACUUGCAUCUGGCCUUCAAAUGACUGCUACGGUGGAAUAUCAUCCAGAUAAAAAUAUAGACAUUUCUGAUCAACUACAUAUUACAAUAGGAAAUAAAACAAUAACAAUUCCUCUGAUUGGGUUAAUUCCAACCUGUCAGUUGGAAGUUCAGUCUGAAGUUCAUUUUGGCACAUUGGUUGCAAAUAGUAAAGUAUAUACUAAAGAGAUUAAUAUCUUCAACCGUGGCAGAGCUGCAGGUAAAUUUAACACACAAUACAAUGGAGAAUUGCCCAUCGUUAUCCUUCCAACCAUUGGCAUCGUGCAGCCUAAGUCAUCAAUGACUAUCAAAAUUGAUUUCUGUGCAGAUAAGGCCAGAAAUGUAGAUGAAAUUGCAAUACUGAAUUUAGAUCGUCGUCCUGCUGCAGUCUUAAAUAUCAAAGCUCAUGUGGUUGAGCAGAUUAUUGAAUUGUUAAAUAUAAAUGAUGGCUCAAAGUUGGAAUGUAUACAAUUUGGCUCUAUUUUCUUUGGAACAUCAAAAAUAGAACAUGCAGUUUUAUUCAAUAAUAGUCCAGAACCCAUAAAUUGGGUGGCCAUAAUGCAAGAUGACUCCGUUGGAGAAGAAUUGGGUACAAAUAUUCUACAAAGAACCGAUGUGGCUUUGAAUAAUCUCACCUACUUGCGCAAAAUAAAGGACAUAGAUGUUACAGAUUUUAUCUCCUGUGUUCCUAAUGAAGGAAAUUUACAACCUUACGAAAAGAUUAUAAUUACACUUUGUUUCAGCCCAAAGCUAAUCAUUGAUGGCAAAAAGAAUGUUGAUCCUUCACACAGGCAGGACUAUGCUGUCUUUUUGAGAUUUGAGUUUGUAGGAAGUAAAGACGGAUUUUUGAGAGAUGAUAACUAUAAAAUAUUCAAAAGUGAUCGGUUUCAGAAAGUGGAAUUAGCACUGACAGGUACAGGAUUUCCUGUUGCUUUACAUUUUGAUCCAGCAAGAAUCCUUGAUUUUGAACCUUGUUUAUUGGGUGAACAUUCAGAUAUCCUCUGUGUUAUGCAAAAUCAAUCCAAAUUACUUCCUGUGAAGUACCUCUUUGAAAAAGUCGCGCAUUUCAAAGUUGAUCCAGAAAAGGGUAAGAUUGAUCAAGGCUGUAUUCAGAAUAUCAAGUGUUCAUUUGUCCCACAUCAGAUUGGAAUCUUUAAAGUGAAGCAGCCGAUAGCAAUUAUUGGUCCAGUUGUAGAUGAAAAUUCAAAGACAAUAUCAAUGAAAAUUUUUCAUCAUAUAUAUUUAGAUUUCAGCAGCAUUUGUAAAGCUUGCACAAAAAAUGUAGUGAUGAAAAUGAAUCCUGGUAUAUCACCUUUCGUCAGUAAUCCUAUUGGAAAAUAUGUGGCCGAAGACUUGGUGAAAAGCAAGAAUCCUGUACCUGUAGCCACGCUUAGGUCGGCCAUGACACGCCUUCAUCAGCACCACACAAAUGAAGGGGCAGUGACUAAAGCACUGAUAGCGUAUCCCAAUGAUCGAACCGCAAGCAUCAGGCCGGGAGACCCACAUAAAAAUUUCAGGACAAUUUUCACAAAAAUUCCAAGAUAUAACUAUCUGGAUCCUGAUUUUGCAUAUACUGAUUUUGAAAAAUUUGUAAAGAAAGCAAAUGAAGACUACUAUAUAAAUUAUAUCAGAGACACAAGAGCUCUACGCCUAAAGAAACAAGUGGAGGGGGAAUGUGUUUAUUCAUGUAACGAUUCAGACAUAGGUCUACAACCAGGAUCAGGGUUAAAAUCACCCAUGCCUUCAGUAAUGGAAAUACGUGCGGAGAGACCUUCCAAGGAUCGUCCUCCAACUACAGCUAAAGGAUUGCUGAGCACCACAAAAAUGGCCUCCAAGGAGGCAGAGUCACUGAACAGAAAGGUUCUCAAAAGACUUAAAUCACACCCAUCCACACCACAAGAAAAACGUGAUUGUAGUUUACGUUUGACACCAAAACAGAUUCAUCAAGUAAUUGUUGGGCCUUCUGUCCUUAACUUUGGAAAUGUCUGUAUCAAUUCCUCAAAUACUGGUCUACUUCAUGUUAUUAAUAUGCUACAUAUGUAUAUUUUGAUCCAUUUAGAUGUUAAUUUAGAUGAGCUUCAAAAAACCAAACAGUUUUCAUUUGUAAUUCCACCUACGUCCAGUGUUAAUAUUUCAAUGAUAUUUGAGUCUUCUACCACUGGAAAGUUUUGGAAAUCAUUCACCUUUCUGGUAAACAGAAUACCCAGUGGGCACAUCCUAGUGAUGGCAGUUGUCCAGCCAGUGCAACUUGAGCUGUCUUCUAAUGAGAUAGUAUUGAAAUCACAAGGUUUCCUGGUGCAAGCAUGUUUUCGGGAGACACUUGAGUUGUUUAAUCGUCAGAAUUAUUCAGCUAAAUUUAAAUGGCUACCAGUAAACUCAAAAAGUGGGAUGUCUUUUUCUAUUCGACCAGCUUCCGGCACGGUAGAAGCAUACUGCUCCCUGAUGUGUGAAGUAUUAUGGCAACCGAGUUACAGUUCUUCGGAUAAGGGAGAAUUUCAUCUGCAUGUCUCCGAAGGAAACACAUCGAUACUGAAAUGUGUUGCACGUGUUGGUCCUACUAAAGUCACAUUUUUGGAACCAAGGAUACUCUUCAAUAAUUGUCCUCAAGGUUUAACAACUUGGAGGAAAGCCAUUCUUCAUAAUGUAGGACCAAAUCAUGGUUAUUACAAGGUUUGUGAGGAGAGCCUUUUACCUAUCGUUGACAUUGUUCCAUCAGAAGGAAUAAUUCCAUUUGGGGGAAUAACUAUUCUCAAUAUUUCCUGUAAACCCGUCACUGCAGAAAGGUUUGAUACUAGAGCAAAGGUUGCUAUUCGUCAUGCAAAUGUCAUAGAUCUUAGGAUUGGUGGAUCUGUGGAGAUUCCUGACGUGGAGAUCAGGCCUAAUAUGUUUGAUUUUAAUGGCACCUACAUUGGUUCUACCCAUAUUAUACCAUUUGUAGUAAAGAACAGAGGUAUGACACCUGUCCGAGUGGAAUUCAACUUAGAAAACAUCCGAUAUUUUUCAAUGAAUCUUAAAGAUAAAGCAGUAAAAUCAACAAAUCCUAAAGCUCCAUACAUAUAUUCUUUGGAGUUAGAGGAGAGUUCAUCAGCGGAAUGUGAUCUGAUAUUUUCCCCCGAAGUAGUAACAUAUGAAUUUUUCAUUCCAACACAAAUUAAUUCUUUCAAAAAUUUACAAGUUUGUACGGAACAUUUGUCAAAGACUCUUUUAGUGUCAAAAAAAGCUCUACACUUCCGACCAUGUCAUGUUCAAGUUACAGUAUUGGAAACUCCAUUGACAAUAUCCAGCACCGAAUUUGUAUUUGCAGUAUCUAUAAAUGAGAUGAACUUUCAAAAGAAAAUCACAAAAACUCAGGAUCUUGUGAUUAAAAAUAUAUCAACACAAAGUGUGAAAUGGAUUUUGGAUUUAAGCAGUGCUGAAAAACUUUGCAAAGAUGGUAUAUUCCAGUUUAGUGCACUGUCUGGGACACUGGUACCAGAAGAAACGUUUAAUAUUUCCAUUUUUUUCUGCCCAAAAAAGACUGCAAAAUACGUGGCUAAUAUUCCUAUAUAUUUAAAUGAUAAUCCUAUUCACUAUCGAAUUUUAUGUCUGACUGGAGAGGUAAAAUCACCCACGUUAUUGUUUGACCCACCAUUUAUAUUUUUCACUCCUGUUCCUUUGGAUGUAACAACUGUAAUGGAGAUUAAGAUUUUACCCCAGAGCUAUUUCAGACAUUCAGUUAUAAAUGUCCAGAUUCCAACAGCAGAGCUUCUUGUUGAUGAUGAGUAUAGCGAAGUUUACCCUCUAUCUGUGGAUUUUCCGAAAGGGGCAGUCAUCACAGGCUCUCCCUGUGGAGUCAAUGAUGAACUCCUCUGCCUGCUUCGCUUCAAAUCAUCUACACCUGUAUCGUUUUUCAUCAACCUUUUUUUCUAUGAUGACAAAGGCAACUGGUUUCCAAUCCCAGUUAGUGCCACAGCAGAAAACUGCAUUCUUACCCUUUACCCAUUUAUGGCAACACAUCUUGAUAAGCACAAAAUUGUCUUAAAGAGUGAUAAAUGUCGGAUUCCUAUGAGGCAUAGAGGCAGUGCUUUUCUUCCUGCCUUGGACUGCAAAGUAUGCUCUCCAUCUUUAGUUAAAAUGGCAGCCACUGCUACUAGAUUUAUUGAUGCUGAACCUACACAUGGAAAUCUAUUUGUUGGAUUGGAAAUUAUGCCAGAAAACAUGAGCUUAAAUAAAUGUGAGUCAAAAAAGAAAGAAAAUGAUAAGUCUAAGGAAAAGGAAUUAAAAAAUGAACAGUUCUUUUCUCCUGAAAAAGGAACACAGGCAUAUGACUUCAUUCAGAAGGUUGUAGAUGCAACCCAGAUCUGGUUCAGUCUCUUUGGCUGGCCUGAAGGACCCCACCUGCUUUCUAUCCCAGAGACAAUAAGAAGGGAUGUACAAAAAAUACAGUAUUACUCCCCCUUAUCACCCAAAAAGUAUACUAGACAAAAUGACUUUACCAAAUAUAAUAAGACUAUUUAUGAUGUGCUGCUUCAUCUGAGUGGACAAAUGCCACCAGAAGUCAAUUCCAAUCAGUCUCUACCUGUGGAUAUCACCGAACGAGUGACUCAGCUUCAUCUACAACACUCCUCACUUCUCAACUUGCUCAGAGAACAUGGGGGAUGUGUUUCUCAUAUAUUGCCAGAAUUUCUGCUUGAACCAGAAGAUUACAAGAAGUGGAUUAAAAUGAAACCUUCCAGGACUGACAGCACGCCCACUAAUUCCUCCACACCUGAGGAAGAAUGUUCUGUCAUAAUAGACAUGAAUAAAUUUGAGGAAUUUAGUAAACGGGCAUGGACAGAUGUUUUCCUUCAAAUAUACAAGGUCCUGAUUCUUUCCCGAAUUGUACCACAUUGCACCAAUGAUAUGCCCCCCAGGCAUGUAAAAAUUACACCAAAAAUCAAUCCUGAUUUUACAUCCAGCAACAUAUAUUCCAUUUAUGAAAGGAUUCUUCUUAGUUGGAUGAAUACAAAUUAUGAGGAUGCUAGACAUAUUAUAUGGAAAAAGGGUCACAAAGGUCCCACUCCUUCUGAGAGAUGGAUAAUAAAUUUUGACAGUGACCUUUCAGAUGGCCUUGUUUUUGCAACACAAUUGGCAACCUAUUGCCCAUUUUUGAUCGAGUCCCAUUUUGUAAAUAUGUACACUGAGCCUAAAAACUGUGAACAACGUCUGCACAAUUGCCUGAUUAUUAUAAAUGCGAUUCGGGAUAUUGCCUUUGACAUGGAAAUACAGGCCACAGACAUCUGUGAUCCAAAUCCAAUCCUGAUGCUAAUGUUUUGUGUCUACAUGUAUGAGAGGCUGCCUUCGUACCUCCCCAAGAAAGUGGUGCCCUUUUAUUGUACUCUACAUGAUACUGUGCUAAGUGAGAUUGUAGUGAAGAAUCCCAGCCUAAAAGCUAUUGUAUAUACUGCCAUAAUUGUUGGAAAAGAUGCUGUUGAUUUCUCUCUUCAACGAGCAGGGACUGUUGUAACAAUUUCUCCGAGAAAUCAAACUAACAUCACACUGAAGUUUACCAGUCGCUUCCUCCAUCCUGCUGAGGCGUCACUACUAUUAAUAUCAAAAACCAAGAAUGCGAGAGGAGGUCCUACUAUGGCUUUUGCUCUUAAAGGCCAAGUCCGCCAUUUUAGAGCCCUAAAAAUUUUGAAGUGCCAAACUCCAUGUUAUCAGUGGAAGGAAAUAACAAUAAAAAUCAAAAACCCUUUUCAAGUGGCAGGCUAUUUCAAUGUCAUUUUGGUUGAAUCCCCAACGUUUUUGUGUAAGCCAUCACAAUUAUCAGAAUCUGGACAGUUUGUCAGCUACGGUUCUGGAGUAAAUGACAGUGAGUGUGAAACAGCUAAGGGCUGUCCCAGUGCCCCGAAUUGCUUAAAGACAUCAAUUAGAUCCAGUUUCAUCAAGGAAUUCUUUUGCUCUAUGCAUAAUAUGUACCUGGAAGUGAAAGGAAGUUCAAAUCUGGAGCUCUUCUUCCUUCCCUUCGAUAUGCAUUUUCGUUACUGUGUUAUCAUCUUGACCAACGAAAAGAUUGGAGAAAUAGUAUAUGCUGUGGAAGGAAAAGGUGAGAUCCCUUUGCCUUCUACUUUCCUUCCAAUGAAACCAUCAACCCCAAUUGACUACGAUAUUUCUCCAGAAGAAGUACAAAGAAAAGAAGAUCCAGUUCUGUACUUAAAGUGCAAACUCCAUGGUAUUCUGGAUAUGAAUCUUAAAUUGCCACUGACUAACGAGGCCAAGGAAAGGGCUUUGGCUUUUGCAGCGCAACAACAGAUGUCAAAUAUGGAGUAUGAGAGAAGACUACUCACGGGCACUCUGGAGAGCAGUAGUGUUCGUGUGGCCAUCGCCCUUUUGGGUCUGACCAAAGUUGAGUCUUUUGUGCUGUUUAAUAUUUCAAAGUUGAAGAAGCCCAAAUCUGUUUUAUAUUUGACUGAAUUGAGCCUUCCAGAACAUUUUACUAUUCCCAAGAAAGUCUAUAUACCUCAGAUUCUAGAGCCUCCAACUAAAUUGACUCAGAUAAUUCAAAUUUCAAAAGCUAAAUUUUCAGAUGGAUCUGUUCCACUUCAUUUAAAAUUUGUUCCUAUCUGUCCUGGUCGAUAUCCGUGUAAAAUUUUGUUGAUAUCAAGAUAUGAUGUGCGUGUCUAUUGUAUUGAAGGCAUAGUGAAUGAUGAAAAUCCAGAGGCCACAUUUCAGUUUGUAACACCAGCGUUCCAACCGCUUACCCAGAAUAUUCCAAUAGCUAAUAAAACACGCAAAGAGUUAAAAUGUCAAGUUAUUAUAGAAGGCGAUUGGUUUGAUGGACCUUCUGUUUUACACAUGGAACCAGGAGAAACUGUACAAUAUCCCCUGACAUUUAACCCCAUUUUAGAAUGUGAGAUUCAGGGUAAACUUAUCCUACAAAGCGAAAUAGAUGGUAUGGAACGUUUCUUUGCCGUGACAGGAAUUGGGAAAAAACCACUGGCCCUGGAGCAUUUUAUUGUGAAAUGUCAGGUGGGGGAUGUGGUAAAUAAAUCCAUAAUAGUACCUAAUAAAACAAGGACUAUUCUGACAUUUAAGGUAACAUCAGAUCUUCCAAUAGUGUGGGGAAAACAACAAAUCACCAUUGACCCAGAUAAUGUAAUUCCAUACGUUCUACACAUGUGCCCUUGGAAACGUGGUGUAUUCAAAGGUAAACUUUUAUUUUCUGUUAAAACCAAAGAAGAUGAUGAGUCAUCUGAUGAGCUAUAUAAAGAUAUUGAAGGCUCCAUGGAGACUUCACUUCCAGAUCUUCCCCCUAUCUUUGUUGAGGAAAACACAGUUAACAAUUUAAAAAUCUGGUAUCAUCUUGAAAUACAGAGCUCUCCUAGACCACCCACAAAAGUCAUGGAAAUAAAAUGUGUUGCUCUGGAGACAGUGUGCAUUGAAAUACCUAUCACUAAUCCAAAAAAUUCUGUUGUUCAUAUGGAAGUUAAAUUAACAAGUAUUGCUCUCAAUGGAGCUUUGGAAGUUACAUUGGAUCCACUAGAUUAUACCAACUAUAUUGUAUGGUAUUGUCCAGCAAGCACAGGUUGUAAAGAAGAAAGUGUGAUUUUUCAGCCUAUAAUGGGUGAAGAAUUCUGGUACUUACUGAAAUUUACUGUGGAAUUACCAACACCAGUAGCCAUGCCAGAAGUAAAGUGUGAUCUUGGAGACUAUGUUUCUCAGAUAAUCUCCUUAGAAAAUCCUACAUAUGAAACUUUAGAAAUGCGUGCAACGAACAGUAACCCUGCAAAUUUUAUUCUGGAUAUCAAUAAAAAUUCAUCUGUAACUUUACCUCCUCACUCCAGCAAAAGCUUGACAGUUUACUUUUUUCCUUCUGGACUUGGUAGAGCUGGUCAUCAAGCUUGUAUCAGUUUCCACUGUAAACAGUUCAAAGAAUGGAAUUUUCACCUCUCUGGAGUAGGACUAUUCCCCAGGACUCUGGACACGCAAAGAGUAAUAACACCUCUCGGCUAUCAUUCAUCUCUCAUUAUAAAUUUCCAAAAUCCCACCCUGGAGUGCGUCAUCAUUGACAUCAUACUAACAAGUCAGGAAGAUUCUAGGCAACUUGUUGCUGAUCAAUGCUGGGACAGUUUCAUGCAUGAAACAUCUGCCUUCCACAUUAGUACUAUGAAUCGUGUACAUGGAAUAUCUCUGCCUCCUAGAGGAACCAUAGAUAUCCCAGUGUUUUUUGUACCUAAAACUAUGAAAUUAUACAAAACAAUGAUCAUUAUUCAAAUGAUGAGAGCUAAUAAAGAAAAUUGGCACAUAGACAAUUUUGAUGAAUUGGAUGAAGACACCAAAAGAAAUUUGGUAAUACGUAGUGAAGACAUUCCAGAUAUACAUUGGGUGUACCCUAUUAUCGGACUCCCACAGGCACCAUUCCCAAAAGGCCCUCAAGCUGUCAUAAAAUGUCAGUCCAAGAAACAGGUGGAACACGCUGUAGAAGUUACACUGACUGGUCAUUUUUUUGGACCAGAUCCUACCCCAGAGUUGACGGAAUUUUCAGUGAUUCCAAAAAAACAGCCAUAUAACUUUUGUGGAGAUUGCCAUGAAAUACCUCAAAUACGCGAAUUUGAGUAUGAAAUUCUAUAUGACUCUGAAAUGAUGAAGUGUAACUUGACAUCCUGUCUGUCUUUACAACUGAUCAAGAAAUCUUACAGUAUCAAGAAUGAAACAAUAUCAUUAUUCUUUGCUGUGAAAUUUGCUCCAAAGAGACCGUUGAGGGCUCAUAUCACACUGAAAAUUGAAUGCUUAACACAAGGAAUUUGGAAGUUUCCCAUAAUGCUGAUUGCUACUGAUCCUGAUGUGGACGACGUUAUUAACAUUAGAGGAAUUGGUUUAUUUAAGGAAUCUGUUGUUACCUUCAGGCUGACAAGUCAGACAAGACAUCCGGAGCCAUUUACAACGUUUUUCCUACCUGGCAGUGAUGAGGAAUUUUUCGUAAAACCUAGAGCUGGAGAACUUCCUGCUUGUAACAGUGAAGGGACUCUAAUUACUGUAGGAUUCACUCCUCGAAUGUACAGCAAGACACACAAAGCCACAUUGGUGAUACAGACAUCACAUAUGUACUGGAUGUAUGAGAUCAAUGGAUUACCUCCGAAAACCGUGCCACCGCUACACAUACAAGCUAAAGUUAAGUCAACAAACCAGAAAUGCUACAGCAUACCAAUUAUUCGGCGUGACUUUCUGCAUGAAAAUGCUCAGCUCCUAAGGACCGGAGUGUCCUCUACCAUAAAGGGUGCGCCUUUGGUGACAAAGAAAAAAUAA